AUGGCGCAACCGUUGGAUCUCGCAAAGACACUCGUCAAGUCUGUUAUGCGCGCUUUCUACGAAACGCGCCACAUUUUGAUUAUCGACGCCUUGAUCAUUCACUCUGCGCUUCGAGACGAUGACUUGGCUUACCUGAUGGCGACCAACACGAAGGAUCUCCACAAAGCAUGCGGGAAGCUCAGAGAGGACCGCUUUCUCGCCGUAUACACGAGAUUGGAAUAUCGCGAAGACCCAAAGAACCCUGAAGCGAAACCUCGUCCCGUCAACCGAACAUACUACUACAUCGACUACCGCCAGACCAUCGAUGCCAUCAAGUGGCGUGUGUACACUGUUGACAAGCAGAUCCAAGGCACCACCGUGCCAGCGAGCGAACGCAAAGAGUACUUCUGUGGGCGCUGCAAAUCGGAAUGGACGCAGAUGGAGGUGCUUGACAAUGUUGGCCCCGAGGGCUUCGUCUGUCAUCGGUGCGGCGCUCCCCUCACCCACGAUCUCGAGCGCAACUCGACCGGUCACGAGCAAUCAACCCGGCUGAAUAACCAGUUCAAGUUUAUCACUGAACUGCUGCCACGUAUCGAUGAGAUGGUUGUACCGGACAAUACAUUCGACAUUGCAAUCAGCAAAGCCCUGCCCGUUGUCCGCGACGCAAGCUACCAAUCCGUGACGACCAUACCCGUCUCAUCCUUGCAACCGACAUCAGUCAAGGGUCUUGAUAACGUCGGGCCCAAGUCAAUGUCUGUCAGCAUCUCCACAUCUGAUGGGCCGUCGGAGGCCGAGAAGGCCGCGGAGAAGGCGCGCAAGGAGAAGGUUGCGCAGCAGAAUGCGCUUCCCUCAUGGAUGUCGAACAGUACGGUCACUGGCGAGUCCUUCUCAGCUCAAGCAGGCCCUACACCUGCUACCAAGAUCGAAGAAAUGGACGAAAAGGACGCUGUGGUUAAGUCAACAAACAACCCAGAACACGCAGAACUGGACGACUACUUUGCCCGCCUCAAAGCAGAGCAAGAGGCCGAAGCAGCAAGGGCGAUGGAGGAGGAAGAGGACGAUGAUGACGAUGAGGAGGAGGACGCAUUUGAGGAUGUGACGCCAAGCAUCGCGACUCCAGCCCCAGCUAUUAAGACGGAGCCAUCACCAGACUCGGAAGAAAGAGUAGUUAAAAAGGUCAAGGUAGAAGCACCAGCGGAUGGGGAGGAUGGUGAAAGUGAUGAAGACAUGGAAUUCGAGGACGUCUAG